GGACAAAUCCAAAUUAACGUUUAGUUGAAGUUGACUCUUCGUAGCUGAAUUAUUAAGUUCAAAUCCUUCGAGAUUUAUCAAUCAAAAACAUGGAUUUCUACUACAUGCCCGCAUCUUCCCCAUGCCGUUCAGUCCUUAUGACUGCCAAGGCUGUCGGUGUUGACCUUAAUCUCAAGGAAUUGAAUUUAAUGAACGGCGAUAAUCUGAAGCCAGAAUACGUUAAGAUUAACCCACAACACACAAUUCCUACAUUGGUAGACAAUGGUUUCGCUCUAUGGGAAUCUCGUGCUAUCAUUGUCUAUUUGGUAGAAAAAUACGGCAAGACUGAUGAUUCUCUCUUCCCCAAGGACCCCAAGAAGCGUGCUGUCAUCAACCAACGUUUGUACUUCGACAUGGGUACAUUGUACCAGCGAUUCGCUGACUAUUAUUAUCCACAAAUGUUCGCCAAAUUACCUGCAGACCCAGAGAAAUUCAAGAAGAUCGAAGAAGCUUUCGGUUUCUUUGAGAUCUUCCUCGAUGGUCAACAAUAUGCUGCUGGUGAUAGUUUUACUGUUGCCGAUAUUGCAUUGGUUGCUACUGUUUCCAACUAUGAAAUUGCCAAAUUUGAUCUUAGCAAGUAUCCCAAUGUUGCCAAGUGGUACAAAAAUGCAGUAUCUGUGACACCCGGAAUUGAAUUAAAUCAAAAAGGAGUUGCAGCAUUCAAGUUUUUCUUUGAUAAAAACGAAAUGGAUUUGUAUUAUAUGAUCGGAUCUGCGCCAUGCCGUUCAGUCCUUAUGACUGCCAAGGCUGUUGGCGUUGAACUUAAUCUCAAAGAAAUGAACUUAAGAGCCGGUGAUCAUCAAAAGCCAGAAUUCCUUAAGAUCAACCCACAACACACAAUUCCCACAUUGGUUGAUAAUGGUUUCGCUCUUUGGGAGUCUCGGGCUAUUUGCGUUUACUUGGUGGAGAAAUAUGGCAAGACUGAUGAUUCCCUCUACCCUAAGUGCCCCAAGAAGCGUGCUGUCAUCAACCAAAGAUUGUACUUUGAUAUGGGAACACUGUAUCAGCGAUUCGCCGAUUAUUACUACCCACAAUUUUUUGUGAAGGCACCCGCAGACCCAGAGAAAUUCAAGAAGAUCGAAGAAGCUUUUGGUUUCAUGGAUAUCUUAUUUGAUGGCCAACAAUAUGCUGCUGGUGAAAAUUUAACUAUAGCCGAUAUUGUAUUGGUUGCCACCGUUUCUAACUUUGAAGUUGCCAAAUUCGAUAUUAGCAAGUAUCCUAAUGUUGCCAAGUGGUACAAGAAUGCAUUGGUUGUGACUCCAGGAAUUGAACAUAAUCAAGCUGGAGUUGAUGCAUUAAAGUUUUACGUUAAGUAAAUUUAAUUAGGUACUUUUUAUUGUUUAAAAACAUAAAAAUAAAAAUUUUAUAUAUACGAUGAAAAGA